ACUGCGAGGCAGGUGAAGAAGUACUCCCAUGGUCCACCUACGCUGAAAAAGGAGGAGAGUUCACGUGGAUGCUGCCCACUGGGUGGGAUUUGCCUGGACUGGGGAGGGGAGCAUUUUCUGGGAGGUGGCAGAAAACUUAAAAGCUGUCUGUCUCAAACCCCCUUUGCAGCUCCUCUCUUCUUGGGAAGAAUUACGGAUGAAGGAGCGUGACCAGCUGCUAAUCCCUUCCUCAGUGACAGCCCACCAGAGCUACUCUAAACUGGAAUUCUGGGCAGCUGAUUGCACAGCUGUUCCUACUGACAGAGGGAAGGCACAAUCCAGGAACACUGCUUUGGAUAUUCUUGCAUAUUAGGCUUAAAAAGAAAAGCCGGGCCAUCCUGUGUUCAGAUGCCCUAUUGUUCUCAGACAUGGCUAGCAUCCUUGCAUGUGUGAGUAAUAGACAGUGGCCAAAAGCACCCUUGCCACCAUGGGCCCAUUCCAUGACGAGGUCUCUGGAAUGGAACCUCAGUCCUUUCAUAAUCCAUAUGACAGAAAGAAACAUGAAGUUGUUCUCUGGUAGGGUGGUACUGAGCCUAGAGGUAAUGACCUUUUAAAACUGGCUGACUCAAGUCAAGGGAGUCCUGCCAGAUUGGAGUAUGUCAGAAGAACAAAAGUUGAAGUGCUUAAUGAAAACCCUUAGGGACUCUGCCUGAGAGGCCAUGCAUUUGUUCCAUGCUGUCAACCUCACCCUAAAUGUGCUGACUUUUUAGUACGCACUGAAGCUAGCGUUUGGGGACGAACCUGAAAGCAGUAUGAGUACUCAUAGUAAAUUUAACACCAUGCAUGUGCAAGGGGAGAGGACCUUUUAUGUGGUCCACUUAGAGGUGCAGCUGCAGAAUACCAUUCAAGCAGGCACCCUAGCUGAGAAAAUUACAAACCACACUCGCCUGCACCAGCUCCUGGCAGGAGCUGAGAUGAAUAAGGGCCUAUGCUUCAGGUAUAAACAUCUUCUUAGGAUAUGCACAAUCAAGAAGCAGGAGCAGCUUCCCAGUUUCCUGGAGUUGAUCAGAAUGAUAAGGGAGGAAGAGGAUUGGAGUGACACUUCUAUUAAACAGAAGUGGCCCAAAAGAUCGGAGCCAGUGAUAGAGACAGCAGGCAGCCACGUGCCAUUUCAGGCUUCCCACCCAUUACUGAUUGGCAGUGCUGACUGCACUUGCAACGUGAUAGAAAUAGAUCAUAUCCUUGAUGACUCAGAUUAAGAUGGGAUCCUGCAGUCUGGGGAUCCUCUACUUUCAUCUUUAGCUAUCCCGGUCCUUGGAAGAAGAAACAGAUCAUGGGAUCUGUUUGGUUAUUUAUUCUGUCAGCAAUUUCAAGGCUCAAUCUCCUUUGCCCAGUGGUUCUGGGCAUAAGAAUAAUGAUCCUAGGGUCAUGUGUAGAACCGGGAGGUAAAAGCACAUAAUCCACUGUACCUACUGUCAGUUGCUAGGAGGUCCACUCAAAGGAAAACUGUGACAAUGAAAGCAACAACAAGCCCCAGGUUGUUUAUUCUGCAGAAGCUGACACAUACAGAAGUGAUGUCAAAAGAAGUCCCUGGAGAACACAAGGAACCUUCUGAGCCACUUACAGUGCUAUUGAUGGGUAAAACAGGAGUAAGGAAGUUGGCUCCAAAGUACAUGAAUUAAUCCAGAGUAAUUUCCUUUUGGCAAGAAAAAGACAUCUUACAUAUCACCACAGUGGAGAGGGAUGCCCUGACCUCUGUCUUUGCUCCUCCCUCUGCCUGCUUAAGGAUCUAUUCCCUCUGUAUGUUUUACUUUGGUGACUGUAUGCUGUUUAUGAAAAAAAAAUCUCUGUUUAGCCUUCAAAAAAAUCGGGAAAUAUACAAAAAUUAAAGUACAAAUUACCUGAAAAGUCACACUGCUGUUUAACCAUUGUUAUCCCUUUAUUGAAUUUCUAUUUCCCCUUACCUGUAUUCUCAGAUACUUGUAUAGAUAAAUGUGAUCAAAUAUAAUUGGUGUUUAUACUGUACAUUUUAAUCAAA